GAAGUCUGCCAAACUGGUACACGGGCAAAUAGGUCUGUGGCGCGUAACAAUCAACCCUCCUCCUUUUCCGUACACAAACAUUUCACCACACAAGGGAAAAGUUUUAUAUACACACAGAGAGAGGGAGAGAGAGGAAACGCAUCAAAACCUACUGAAUGGGCGAUAGAUACUACAGUGGACAUGCGAAGAUGGAGUGUGAGUGUAAUUAUCUCUGCAUGUUUCUUGUGUUGCGAGCAUGAAAGCGUGGUGAUUACAGAAGGAUAACUAACCAUAGGGGUGUGAAUUAGAUGCUCCAGCGCCAAUGAUGAUAAACAACUCUACCAACAACAGUACGAAUAAUCCCAACAAGAAGGACAAGAGGAGGGCCACGAUUCUGUCCAAACUGUACAAGCUCGAGGAGUCGUUCUGCGUGGAUAGAGACUAUUACUACCGCGGCAUGCUUCAGACACUCCAGCAGAAGCUCAUGACUGCGCACGCGGGCACCAAUGAGGAGCUGAAGGAGAAGUACCUGGACCUGGAGGAAGAGAGGGACUACGAGCUUGUAAGGUUAAGACUGUGGGAAGAGUACCAGGCGGAUAGGGCCGAGAAGGAGUUCCAGGAAGCGGUUGAAAAGGCCAACAAGGAGCACGACGAGAUGGUGAAGGUUGUCAAGGAGAGGCUAUAUGCGUCUUUGGAGAAACAGAUCAAGCAGCUCAAAGAGGAUAAAGUGCUCUUGGACAUGGCCAACUCGCACUCCUAUAACAUGGAUACAACGAUCGAUUUGCACAAGAACACCAGGUCUCAGCAGAGCCUGAAGGAAUCAUCGAUAUCGACGAUGGGGUAUGGGAGUGAUCGUACCCGUGCACACAGACGUCGACACGACUACACCUCUCAAGCUGAAGACACCAACGCCAGUGCAAACGAAUCUGGUAACACAUCCGCUGCCGGAGGCGGGAGACGUAAGAAGACGAGGUAUUCCAGUGCAGAGGAGAGCUGGCUAAGCGAUGGAGAUCUCAGCUCUCUGUUAUUUGGGGAUAGAAAGGACAAGCCAUCCACAAGACACUCGAAUAAGAGCUACCAGCCACCAAACUCCUUGAAGAAUGAAGAGAUAUCCGAGGAUUUGAACUUCUUACGAGGCCUUUGAACAUACGAUGCAAUAUAACAUGAGAUGAUAUAACAUGAGAUAAUAUAACAUAAUAUAAUAUAACAUAAUAUAAUCUUU